UUGCGAGCAAGUGGUCAUAGCGCAGAACAGUCCUACUUUCAGAACGGAGAUCUCAUCGCCUAUCAAAUUGCUUUUGACUUGUAUGAAAAUGCUUCCCAGCAAUUCAAUACUCAAGUGCUGAACACAUACGCAGGUCUUCAUCAACCAUCGACGAGUCUGCCUGUAACUGCAUACUUUCGUGCUCUAAUAGACUACAAACUAUUCAGCGCUGCUCCAAAAGAAGAGAAAAUGGAAGUGACUCCAUCACAAACAAGUGCUGAGCCGAAAGAAGGACAACAGCAAGAGCAGCCUCAGGCUGAGAGUAAGCCUGAAGCGAAGUCCGAGGAGAAACCCACUGAAGAGCCGUCUUCCCCAAUGGCUCGACUGAAAGCAAUCUUGCGGGGAGAAGAGACUAUCAAACAACACAUGCAAUUUCUGAUCAAAAACAACCACACGGAUAUGUUGAUCUUGAAGGAAAUGAAAGACUGUGUCCGAACAGCUACUGCUCAUAACGCGACAUUGAUGGCUAAUGGUCUCAUGCAUCUUGGAACAACUUGCGACGACUUUUUGCGUGACAAUCUGGACUGGAUAAGUAAGGCUACCAACUGGAAUAAGUUCAACGCUGUGGCUACUUUGGGUCUUAUUCAUAAGGGGCAUGAAUCUGCUGCCAUGAAGCUUCUGGAGCCAUAUCUGCCUAAAACGGAAGCGGACCAGUUCGGUUUCAAGGAGGGUGGUUCGCUCUAUGCCCUCGGUCUCAUUCAUGCGAAUCAUGGCACUGAAGACUGCAUCAAGUAUUUGCGUGAGCAACUCGCUGCUGCCCAGACAUCUGCUGUCCGGCAUGGUGCCUGUCUUGGAUUAGGACUUGCGGCAAUGGGAACACAAAAUCAAGAUGUAGUAUACUUGCAAUUACGUGAUGCUCUGUAUCUGGAUGAUGCCGUUUCUGGGGAGGCUGCUGGACUAGCUAUGGGCCUCGUCAUGGUAGGAAGUUUGAACUCAGCCGCCUUUCAAGAUAUGGUACAAUACAUCUGCGAUACUCAACAUGACAAAAUACAA